GCACUUGCGCUUUCUUUCCUUGACGUGAAGUGAUGUCCUCUUCCUGCGUUAUAAACCGCCUGGCUAUUUCCAUUACCGCGCAUGCCUGGAAUGGAGAUCGGACUCUGCUGGCCUGCUGCCCUAACGACAAUACAAUCUUGAUUUAUUCGUACAAAAACAACGAAUUUACUUUGCAACACACGUUGAGAGAGCACGAUUCGGUCGUGACUUGUCUCGCUUGGGCGGUGAAGACCAACCGCAUCUUGAGCGCAUCUCAGGACAGAAAUGCCUAUGUGUGGCGGUGGGAAAACAACGAGUGGAAGCCCACCUUGGUGAUCCUGCGUCUAAACCGUGCAGCUACGCGCUGUGCAUGGAGCCCUCAGGAGGACAAGUUUGCAGUUGCAUCUGGUGCGAAACUUGUGGCUGUUUGCUAUUUCGAAAAGGAAUACGACUGGUGGGUUUCUAAGCAUAUCAAGGACCACCAGUCGACUGUGUUUGACAUUUCUUGGCAUCCGAAUAACGUGCUCAUCGCUACUGCAUCGAGCGAUGCACACGUUCGUGUCAUUUCUGCAUUUGUAAAGGGAGUUGACAGCAAAGACGCCAUUAAAAAUGAUGCAUUUGGGACCAAACUGCCAUUCGGCACACUUUGCAAAGAAAUUCAUUCAGGCGGAUGGGUCCACGCUGCUAAAUGGUCACCCACUGGAACUCGCCUGGCUUGGGUCUCCCACAACUCCUCAGUUCACGUUUUAGAGUGCGCGACCUCUUCUCAUGUCCACCACACUCUGAAAUUAGAAUACUUGCCAUUCAUGGAUUUGGUCUGGACUUCCCCCAACUUGUUCGUUGCUGCCGGCUACGACAGUUUCCCAUGCCUUUUCUCUGUUUCUGAGAGUGGAAUCAAGAACCACGGAUCCGUGGAUACUAAGAUGGCUUCAGGAGGGUCGAGUGGAGGGGCCUCAGGCACCAUGAUGUCUGCCUGGCAAAAGCGAGAUCGCCUUGGCAGUGCGACGGCCGACCAAGAUUUGGGAUUGAAUAGCCAUCACCAGAACUGCAUCAGCGUCAUUCAGCCAUUUGAGGGUUCGGACACCCAGUUGAAAUCUUUUUCGACUUCUGGUUUAGACGGUGCAAUUGCUAUCUGGAACGUCGAUGCCAUCAAAAAAGCAAUUCCUGGAAUUCCUGCCAGCUGAUCAGGGAUUUUGUUUCAAUCUUCUCCAUCUCGGACGAAUGCUUCUCUUCGAGCGUGUAGAGAGAACAUGAAAAUUUUUUGCACAUUCUAA